AGCGUGUUGUGAUUUGCCUCUGACGCACUUGUCCGUUGUUCGUCAUAUCCUUAUUGUCUACAUUUGUCCUCAAGUUUUCUUACUUUACUAAACAAGAUGUCUCACAAAGAUAGAAUGUAUAGUUCAGCAGGGAGAGCUGACAGACGAGGAGGGUUUGUUGGAAGAUCAGACAGAGAUGGUGCCCGUGGUGGAAUGUCAGGGGGAAGGUUUGUUGGUGGGGUGGGUUCGUCAAUGAAGGGUAUGCAGCCUGGUGAGCGCCUGCGAAAACCCAAGUGGGAUAUCUCAAAGCUUCCCAAGUUUCAGAAGAAUUUCUACAAAGAAUUGCCUAGUGUUGCCAACAGAUCUCCAAUUGAGACCCAGCAGUUUCGACGAGCACAUUGUAUCACAGUAUCAGGAAAACUUGUUCCUAAUCCUAUCAUGGCAUUUGAGGAAGCAAAUUUUCCAGAUUAUGUAAUGACUCAAGUAAGGAAAAACAGCUGGACGUCGCCUACCCCAAUUCAGUCACAGUCCUGGCCUAUUGUUAUGUCAGGUAAAGAUAUGGUCGGAAUUGCUCAGACAGGAUCAGGAAAAACUCUUGGGUUUAUUCUGCCUGCCAUUGUUCAUAUCAAUCAUCAGCCAUACUUGGAACGUGGAGAUGGCCCUAUUUGUCUUGUUCUAGUACCCACUCGUGAGCUGGCACAACAGGUACAGGAAGUUGCUGUUGAGUUUGGCCAUUCAUCACGCAUCCGUAGUGUAUGCGUGUAUGGCGGUGCUCAGAAGGGACCACAGAUUAGAGAUCUAGAAAGAGGUGCUGAAAUCUGUAUUGCGACACCUGGGCGUCUUAUUGACUUCCUUGAGACAAAUCGCACGAACUUACGCCGAUGUACAUACCUUGUUUUGGAUGAAGCAGACAGGAUGCUAGACAUGGGCUUUGAACCUCAGAUACGCAAGAUUAUUGAACAAAUUCGUCCUGACCGUCAAACUUUGAUGUGGAGCGCAACAUGGCCCAAAGAGGUGCGCAAGCUGGCAGAAGACUUCAUGGCGGACUAUGUUCAGAUUAAUAUUGGUGCCAUGGAACUCACAGCUAACCAUAACAUACUUCAAAUCAUCGAUGUCUGCAUGGAGCAUGAAAAGGAAGAAAAGCUUGUGAAGCUGCUAAAUGAGAUAAUGCAGGAAAAAGAAAACAAGACUUUAAUCUUUGUGGAAACGAAGAGAAAAUGUGAUGAUAUACACCGUAGAAUGCGACGUGAUGGGUGGCCUGUUCUGUGUAUUCAUGGAGACAAAUCUCAACAAGAGCGAGACUGGGUUUUGAAUGAUUUUAAACAAGGGAAAUGUCCGCUGCUGAUUGCUACUGAUGUUGCUUCCCGUGGGCUUGAUGUAGACGACAUUAAGUUUGUGGUGAACUUUGACUACCCUAACUGCUCUGAGGACUAUGUUCACCGCAUUGGCCGCACAGGGCGAGCACACAAAACUGGCACAGCAUAUACCUUCUUUACUCCCAGUAACAUCAAGCAAGCCAAUGAACUCAUCAGCAUUCUUAGGGAGGCCAAGCAGCAAGUCAAUCCUAAGCUUAUACAGAUGGCAGAAAAUGCCCGAGGCAUGUCUAAAGGUCGCUCACGUUGGGGCGGAGGCAGUGGCCGUGGAGGCAGUAGUCGUGGUGGGGUUGGAGGUGGUGGCAGUCGCUUUAGCAGCAGCACUGGAAGUGGCACUAGCAGUCGUUUUACUGCUGGCAGCAGUGGUGCAGCUGCUGUUGGUGGUACUAAGAGCUUUAGUUCCUAUGGGGCAAGUGCUCAGAGCUCAUAUGGAUCGUCAGUUAAUGGCUUGGCUCAGAGCACAUAUCAGAGGAACAACUACGGAGGGGUAGGCGGGGGAGCUGCUGGUACUAGUGCUGGUGGAAGUGGAGGCUACGGAUCUCAAAUGUAUGGGCAAUGGAACAACACUGGAGGAAUGGGCAGCAAGUUUUAAGGCAAAGCUGUUAAAACAGGCUUCUCUUACAGCAUGUUCUGAAAAAGCUGCUAAAGGCCUGUUAGGCUCUGUGCAAGAACAGCUUUGUUCCAGAAUCCCAGAGGAUCAGAUUUCAAUUGUGACUAUUUUAACUUUGCAGCAAGGGGAAAAAAAUUGUCAUAGUUAAAAGACUCGUCUUACUGAAGUUAUUGGUGUUUGUUAUUUUGUUAGAUGACCUAAAAGCUGUUAUUUAAAACUAUUUGUGUACUUGAAGGUGAAAAGGGCUUGGGGGUGGAAGACCUGUUACUAUUUUUUUAAAUCAUCUCAUUUAUGUAUUUAUAAAAACAAACUCUCAUCAAAUGUCAUAACAUGACAGUGGACUCACAUUCCCCCUCCCACUUUGCUUAUUCAGAUGCCUGUAAUGUUUCUUUGACCUGGUCAUGAAGCUGAAUUGCCCUGAAGGACCAAAUGCCCUUUACCUUGUGUGGUAGUGAAUGCACUGUGAAAUAAAUUGUGAAAACCUA